AUGGAAAAAUUUACUGUCCCGGGUGAGACUCAACUCGUGACUCGGCGUGCUGGUAUCCUGGAGUCGGAAGUUCAUCAAAACGAGACCGCGUUUCAAACAGCGCUAUCGGCAGCGGUGGGACUCGUGGACCUGGCCUUCCCUGCGCAGCCCCCGCCCCGCCUGCCUGAGCCCUGGUGGGGAAACCAUGCUAAACAUGACACUAGCGUCAGAAGAUUCACUGUGCACUUUUCUGACGAGAUGAUAACAGAUCUACGGCACCGCAUCCACAACCGCCGGAACCUGACGCAUGCUCUCCACAACGCCGGAAACACCUACGGCUCCCACGCUGGGUACCUCGCGCACUUCCUUGACCACUGGGCUGACGGGUACGACUUCGCGGCCAGGGAGGACUGGCUGAACAGCUUCCCGCAGAGCAUUACGAAUAUUCAGGAACUCAUUUCAACAACUUGCAUUUCAGGUCUAGACAUCCACUUCAUCCACGUCAGACCUCCCAACCCUCGCAAAAAGGUGGUCCCAAUCCUCUUGCUGCACGGCUUCCCGGUCACCGCCUUCGAGUAUGUUCACGUCAUUCAGAACCUGAUGGAGGAGAGAGAUGACUGCGACUUCGUGUUCGAGAUCGUCGUACCGAACUUACCGGGAUAUGGGUAUUCAGAGGCCACAUCCAAGCCCGGCUUGGCGCUGUACCAAAUGGGCAUCAUCAUGAAGAACCUGAUGCUGCGCCUGGGCAAGCAGCAGUUCUACAUCCACGCCGGGGACGUGGGACACGUGGUGGGGGAUGCUAUUGCUACACUCUUCCCCGAGAGUUCUGGGAUUCCAUACUAAUUUGUCUAUCAGUAUCCGCCCCCAAUCGUUGACCAAAUGGGUGUUAGGACAGCUGUACCCGCCAGCAGUGGUUGACGCGAGAUACGAAGACCGGAUGUAUCCUCUCUCAACUCGUCUGCAGGUAUAUCUGGAGCACUUUGGCUACUUCCACAUGCAAGCUACUAAGCCGGAUAACGUGGGACACGGCCCCGACGAAUCCCCAGUGGCUUUAACUUCCUGGCUCCUUGAGCCCAUCAUGAUGGGCACGAACAUCAGCAGCCAGUACUUCGUCGACGGUAACCUGACGCAGUACUACGA